AGUGACUUGUCACCUGGGCUGGGUUGUGCUAUGUGCUGCUGUUUGUGACUGUUCCUGCAACUGCAGCAAAAAGUAAACAAAGGGGGGAUGAAGUGUUUCGUUCGUUCAUGUGAGCAUAGUAACUAAAUAAUGACAUAAAAGUAUUCCAUGUUACUCAAUAUGUUUUUCUGUGAGUGUUGGCGCUCCAGUUGACGUGUUCAAUACCCAUUGUUAAUUUCGAAGCAUUGUUCUUGGAACAAAAGGCUAUUGAUUUGAAAGAAAUUAGGCGGGUAACGCUACACUUCUCUGUGUAAUGGUUUUGAAAGCUAACAAUGGGAAUCUUUUCCUUCAUGACUCUAUGCUGGCAUCAAAAUGGUUUUAGCGAAAUGCAAGUGAAAAGGUGACUGAGCAACACAAUCUAUCAGCCUACUGACGUCUCAGAUCCGUAUUGAGCAAAACGUGAAGCUGGUGGUUUCCCGUUCCAUCACAGCUGGGGUUGCUGUUAAUUAAAGGGGCAUCCGAGUCAACUCUGGGGCACCAUGGAAGCGGGUCUGCCAUCUGCAGCGGAGGAGCAGAACUGUGUAAGAAUGAAGACUGAGCUACCUGAAAAUGCACGACAAAAGGAAUUGGAUUGUGUGACAAUAAAGAUGGAGGACAGUGACAAUUCGGAACAGGAGGAGACUGAAAAUUCUGAACAGACCAGUGUCUCUGGAAAACUACAGGAGCCGAACUGUGUAAGAGUGAGGAGAGAGCAACCCGAUGUCGUCGGUGACGAUGUGCGACAAAAGGAGCUGAACUGUGUAACAGUGAGAAGCGAGCAACCUGAAGUUGUCAGUUACAAUGUGCGACAAAAGAUCUCCCUUCCUCGGAAACAAUUUGAAGACGUUCCGGAAAUCGAGCCAGCUUCCUCCCGCACCGAGGGUAGCCACAUUAACCGCCCAUCUGUGGAGCCGGAUUUUGUGUUUGUUGGAGUGAAGCAGGAGCCAUUGGAAGACCGAGAAGCUGACGAAUUCUUGCCACAGGAACCCGAGUGUAUUAUCGUGCAGGGAGAAGAUCUGUGUCACGACGCCUUGCAAACUGGAGCGCUACGACCCAGACAGGAACCCGAGUGUAUUAUCGUGCAGAAAGAGGUCGAUGACGUGGGACCCAGACUUCUGGAAACCACACAGGUACACGAGAACGGGGCGCGGCAGAAGACGGCGCGUAACCCGGCAGGAGGAGCUGAGGAGGAGGAGAUGAUUCUCGGCUUGGAGCCGGAGAUGGAAUGGGUUCUUCCAGUUGGACCUGCCAGUGAUGAGCCCUUGAGUGACCCCCUGGCUUCCGAGAGAGAAGUGAUACCCGAUUCCAUGAAUGAGGGAUUUUAUCCGACGGGGUGGAGCCACACGUCGGACGAGAACCGUUGGGCCGCUUCAGGAGAAGCGGAUUACGACCGUCCGGCUUUCGUUAUCGCGAACGGCGGAGGUCCGUCGUACAGUAGUUUCGUGUCGAGGAGCUGCAGGAGCGACGGGAAGGAAACGGUGCAGCAGGCGUUCAGGUGCGACUCGUGCUCCGCCAUCUUCUCGACCAAGUACCACCUGGUCAAUCACGUGUUCGUCCACAUCCGGGAGGUGCCUCCGCCGUCGCACGUGUGCAGGCGGUGCGGAGAAGUGUUCUGUGACACCGCGUCCCUCAUCGACCAUUCGAAGGGUCACGAGAAUAACCUGCGGGUGCCCGCGGUCUCCUCGAAGUGGAACAGGGGAGACUCCGGCAGAUCUUCCAAGCACCAGAAAAAGCGCAGGAUUCGGAAACGCCCCGACACCAAGCCCCACAUCUGCGACCUGUGCGGUAAAGCUUUCCCCCUCGUCGGGAGCCUGAAGUCGCACCAGCGGACACACUCCGGCGAGAGGCCGUACGGGUGCGACCUCUGCGGGAAGACGUUCGUGCAGGCGGUCCACCUGCGGAACCACAGAGUGACGCACACAGCCGAGAAGCGCCACUACUGCGAGUUCUGCGGGCGGCCGUUCGCUCUCCUCCACACCCUCAAGGUGCACCUGCGGAUGCACACGGGGGAGAACCCGUACCGCUGCGAGGUGUGCGGCGAGUGUUUCAACUUGCUCGGGAAACUCAAGACGCACAAGCAGAUCCACACCGGGAAGAAGCCGUACAAGUGCGACGACUGCGGUAACUGCUUCUCCGCCCCGAACAGCCUGAGGCGGCACAGGCGGAUGCACUCCGGCGAGAGGCCGUACAGCUGCGACGUGUGCGGCGAGUCGUUCAUGUGGUCGGCCACCCUGCAGAGGCACAAGCAGCUGCACACGGGGGAGAAGCCGUUCAAGUGCGACUUGUGCAGCAGCUCGUUCGCCGAGCUCGGCGGUCUCAACAGGCACAUGCGCAUCCACACGGGGGAGCGGCCGUACGCCUGCGGCGUCUGCGGCGCGUCCUUCUCGGCGACGAACCAACUGAAGCGCCACCUACACCGGCAGCACGUCGAAAACCCGCCUUAAAAGUCCGAACCGGGUCGGAGCUCGGC